UUACAAACAAAUACAGCUCGAGAGCCAUCACGCGCGUCUAUGGUUAUGGUAAUGGUGAUAAUGAUGGUGGUGGUCGCUCAACCAGGAAGUGGAGCUGGAUGAUAUAUAUAGUUUUUCGUUAUAAUAGUGACUGUACUUGUUUUCUUCAUUUCUUUUUAUCAUUGUUGUUGCUGAUAUUAAUAACCCGAAUGUGCGAUGGUGCUCGCGCGCGCCGCCUCCGCUGCUCUCCUUCUGUGCGCGCUCUGUGCGCUGGCGUGCGCCGAGGACCGCGCGAGCGCCGGCUGUAGCGCAGUGAGACAGGCGUACAGUGAGAUGGGCUUCAGCUCCGGGACCGUCCCCGAGAAUGAAACGACAGGUGACUACCUGCAAGUGUGUGUGCAGAACUGGACGUGCUGUAGCACAGAAAUGGAGCAGAAUUUCAUUGGACGGAGUAAACAUGAGUUUGAGAAGUUUGUGGAUGAGGCCACUGAAGACUUGAGGAACACGUUUGAGUCCAGAUAUAAAAGGUUUGAUGAUUACUUCCUGGAGCUCCUGGAGAAAACUGAGCGCUCGCUGAAUGAGAUGUUCGUCCGCACUUACGGCGAUCUGUACACACAGAAUGCAGAUGUUUUUCAGCAACUGUUUUCUGGACUGAAACACUAUUACAUUGGUGGGAAUGUCAACCUUGAGGAGGCUAUUGGUGAUUUCUGGACGCGUCUGAUGGAGCGCAUGUUCCAGCUGCUGAACUCGCAGUAUGACAUCAACGAUGAUUACAUGGAGUGCGUGAACAAGCACAUGGAUGACCUCAAGCCCUUCGGUGACGUGCCAAAAAAGUUCAAAGUUCAAGUGUCGAGGGCAUUUGUCGUUGCUAGAACCUUCGUCCAGGGACUCAGAUUUGGACAGGAAGUGGCUAACAAUGCAUCCAAGGUUAAUAUGAGCGCAGCAUGUGUUAGCAACGUCACUGAAAUGCUGUACUGCCCAUUCUGCCAGGGAGCAAUGGCACAGAAGCCGUGUAAAGAUUACUGCCUUCAUGUCCUGAAGCUCUGUUUAAGGCCGCGACUCAGAAUGGAUGAUGACUUUACACGUUACAUCGAUGCGAUGUUGCUGCUGCUUGAGAGACUCGAAGGGCCGUUUAACAUCGAGUCCGUCAUGGAGCCAAUCGACGUCAAAAUUUCAGACGCAAUUAUGACAAUGCAGGAGAAAACCAUGGAGCUGUCAUACGAAGUUUUUCGUGGUUGCGGUCAGCCAAAGCUUUUGGAGAAGAGCAGAGUUUCCCGUGAUGUCUCUGGUACAUUCGAUGUCGAAUUUACAACGAUAGAGCCAACUGGCACAAGCCUCCAAAAACUGGUGAUGGACGUUAAGACGAAGUUUGCCCAGUUUAGGUCAUUCUGGUCGUCGCUGCCCGAGUUUGUGUGUCAAGAUGAAAAUGUGGCGUCGCAAGCAGACGAGCCGAACUGCUGGGACACAGGGAAACGAAGCUGGAACAUCUCUGAAGUCUCAGAUGAAUUGUUUUUCGAUUUCCCAGCGAUGGUCAGCACACUAAAGAGAGCUUACAAUGGCUACCAGUCGCACUACGACGACUCCAGUGAGGAGAUGAGUGGAUCAGGAAGUGGGAGUGGCUGUAUGGAGUCGUGUCUUUCUCCGACUCCCCCUUUCUCCACCGAAAACCCAAAGUCAGAAGAGUCCUCCACUUCUCACCUCCACCCAUGCAACUUCCUCUUGCUUCUUCUGUUGGUUCUGUCCAUCCUCACAUUUCUCGAGCAGCAGAGAUAAUACACACUUUUCAGUCUUCUGUGUUCAUUAGUGUAAGUUGGCUUGCGGACUGCAGGAUGAAGGAAGUGAAACCGACUUACUGGAUCUUCACGCCCUUUGUUUAUUUCCACUCCAGUUUCUUUGCCAGCAUCUUCUUUUAUUUUCACUAAAUAACCACUGCGUUUCUCCCUGCUUCAAUGACUUUAACAGCCUUUCAGUUAACAAUCAAUUCUUUUAGGACUAUUUUAAAGGUGCUUUGAGUAGAAUUUGGGCUGGUCAACUUGUUUAACCCAGAUACCUGAAGCUCCGCCUCCCAGAAUUCCAUUUCAGCCAUUUUCCAGUUAACAGUUAGUUCAUAUUUACUCCUUUUCUUGGUGGUGGAGUGAAGUGCCUUUAGAGUUGUCCAAUACGCAUACAGUCCACUCGCUUUGUUCACCAGAUAUUUCCACUGUAGUGGAAGAAUAACAGGAAUAAGAAAGAAUAUGGAUAAGUAUUCAGGCUCUUGAACAUCUCCACAUUUUAUAACCUUAUAACCUGGAACUGAAAAAAAAAACAAAUAUCAUCUAAAAUAAAGUAACUUAUUUUUUAAUGGUGAAGCACGGUGCUGGCAGCAUCACGCCAUGGGGAUAAUAUUCUUCAGCAUGGUGGGGAAAUGGAUCAUCAGGGUAGAUGACAAGAUGGAUGGAGGUAAAUACAGGGCGAUGAUCGAAGAACCCCUGUUCCACUUCACAAACCAGUCGAGCCGGGGGCAGAGCUUCAGCUUCAACUGCACCUUCACAUGUCAGAGAGUUUGUGUAAGUGAUAGAGUAAAAAAUGAACAGUUAAGUCUACUUCAGUUCCAGGUUGUAAGAUUACUGAAUCUGGCUGUGGUUUGGAGUCUGUGAAAGAAAUGAAGCCACUUCAUUACACAGUCUUGUGUUUUGUUUUUUUAAAUGGAGGUCAGAUAAUUAUUAACACAACCACAUUUUUAAACAUAAAUCUAAAAAAUCAUUUACACACCACAAUAUAAAUCAUGUAGAAUGCACACAAAGCACUUUGCUGUGGAGAAAUAUGAUGCGUUUAAAAUUCGCCUUACGAUUAAAAUCAUAGACACGAUGCAAAAAUUAAUAAUAAUAGUUCACUCAUCCAUGGGUCUGUAAACUGUUUUAUAUUCAAUCAGUGGCCACUUAAAUAGGAACACAUGUACCUGCACUUAUUCAUAUGUACAGUUAUCCACGUGUACCCUUGUAGCUCCCCUCUCAUGGCUGACAGUAGAGGAACCCUUGUGUUGUAAUUUAUCCACUUCACUCAUUUCAGAGAUGCUUUUCUGCUCACCACACUUAUUAAGAGUGCUCAUUUGAUUGCUCUGCCACCAUAUGAACAGGCAGGUGUACAGGUGUUUCUGUUAAAGUGUCCGGCGAGUCUAUAUGUCACUAGUGUGAUUCUGAAAGGAAUCUUAUUUCCAAGUCUGGGUGCCUUAGCAAAUGCUAAUACAUGUGAAACUACAGUAAGUCCAUUUCACAUAUUAAAGUUCAUUUCAGUACAGAAAUAAACAGAAAUGUGUUUGAA